AUGGAUUUACUGACGUUUCUUUCUAACAGUCGUGGCGGUGCCGCCGGCAACAAGCUGAAGAUGACUCUCGGUCUGCCUUGUGGCGCCGUGAUGAACUGCUGCGACAACUCCGGUGCGCGCAACCUGUACAUCGUCUCGGUGAAGGGUAUCGGUGCCCGCCUGAACCGCCUCCCCGCUGCCGGUGUCGGAGACAUGGUCAUGGCGACCGUCAAGAAGGGAAAGCCCGAGCUCCGCAAGAAGGUCAUGCCCGCUGUCGUCGUCCGCCAGAGCAAGCCCUGGCGCCGCCCCGACGGCAUCUACCUCUACUUCGAGGACAAUGCCGGUGUGAUCGUCAAUGCGAAGGGUGAGAUGAAGGGAUCGGCCAUCACUGGUCCGGUCGGUAAGGAGGCUGCUGAGCUUUGGCCCCGUAUCGCCUCCAACUCCGGUGUCGUCAUGUAA